AUGUCGAUUUCAAGUGAGUCAAUCACAACACCACACCCCGGUAAAGUUUAUGUUGGUGGAUUUCCCACUGAUUUUACUUGCGACGCACUCAAAAGCAUUUUUAGCGUCUGCGGACAAAUUGAAUCAGCGGAAAUAUUUCAUAAAUGGAUUACAUUCUGUCACAUCAUUUUCACGGACUCUUCGUCAUGUAAAAAGGCGAUAGAAAUGUUUGAACAAAAGGACAUGGGUGGGUACACUUUUCGAGUCGGUGAAAUGAAGAUGACAGCCCCAAAGGCUGAAGUGAAGAACUUGCGUUCAUUUGGCGACAUUCAAGUGAGUGUUGUUUUAGUUCGUCCGAUGCAUGAAGAGAACAUUGGUGCCAUUGGUCGACUUUGUGCCAACUUUGAUGUCAAAGCUCUUUAUGUUGUCAACCCCGAGUGUAAAAUUGGCGAAGAAACGAUGAAGAUAUCAAGACAUGGGAAGAGUUACAUUGAACAUUUGAAAAUUUAUAAUAACUUGACUGAUGUGAAGCAGGAGUGCGGAUUUCUUAUUGGGUUCACUGCACGUGAGGGUAAAGGAAAUACCAAAAACAAGCGUGUUCUCAUUAAAUAUCAAGAGACGUGCGAAAUUUUGAAAACAAUGCAAGGCGACGUCGGGCUAGUGUUUGGAAAUGAAUCAAACGGACUGAAUUCAGAAGAGGCUGAAGCGUGUGACCUCCUCAAUAAAAUUGAUAUUCAGACAAGUUACCCCGUUCUCAAUUUAAGUCAUGCAGUGAGUAUCGGACUGUCAUACUUCCACUUAAAAUUGAGAGAUGCAGGAGAGAUGGUACCGUCCGAGUGUAAAGAGAAAGUUGUUGCUGCAAAAAUCGACUUAGCGAGUAAAUGGGAACACAUCGUUAAGUUGUCUUUCGGUGAUAGGAAAGACAAUGGGUCAAUUGAUGUGAUGAAAAAAAUAUUAGGAAGGGUCGUACUUACCGAACGAGAAGCUGCCGUGCUUGAACAUGCUUUCAAUGGAAUCAACUAUAAAUUGCUUGCUGACACUAAAGUGCUCCAAGACGAAAAAUUCGAGAAAGAAAAAGAGGAAAAGUAA